AUGUCCACGUUUUCUCCACCGACACUACUAUCAUUGCCAGACGUGGGGCCUUAUUUGGGCAUUUUCUCGAACCAAGCUACUCUCCACAGUGUAUCAGAAAAUUCAGACACAACAUCGGGCGAGGACAAAUUCGUUCUCCAUCCUCGAGAGCACAUAUUCCGAGCUCCAAGAACAAUCCGACACUCGUGGCAAAUUACCACUGGUGAGCGCCGUCCGGAUGGAGUCCUGAAGCAGGUCUACCUGAUCAACGGCGAGCUCCUCGGGCCGACAAUCGAGGCACGAUCUGGUGAUCGGGUUAUUGUCAAUGUUACAAAUCGUCUAGGGCGAGAUGAGAGUCUGUCCAUACAUUGGCAUGGCCUUCACAUGCGAGGAGCCAAUGCCAUGGAUGGAGCUGCAGGAGUAACUCAAGCAGGCAUCAAGGAUGGCGACUCGAUGGUUUACGACUUUGUCAUAGACGAAGCCCAGCAUGGAACCUUUUGGUAUCACGCACAUGAUGGAGUCCAGAGAGCAGAUGGGCUAUAUGGUGGGCUUGUCAUCCAUGAGCCAGCAUUUGGCUCGGAGGACACUGCUUCCGUUGCAGACGAGACCCUCCUUCUCAUCGGUGACUGGUACCAUCGCUCUGCAGCAGAGGCUCUAGAGUUCUACAUGCAUCCUGGCGCAUUCGGGCUCGAGACGAUCCCGGAUUCUAUCUUAAUGAAUGGCGAGGGUACCUUCAAGUGUGCCGACGCAGUGCCCGCAAGGCCGGUCGAUUGUGCGCAGCGACAAAAUGUCCGACCGGUCUCUAAUUUCGAUCGACGAAGACGCAAUAUCCUCCGCGUCGUCAAUGUCGGAGCAUAUGCGGGCUUCUUCAUCAACCCACAAAAUUCCAUGCUGACACCGCUGACGAUCGAUGGCGGUUUCAGCGUCGCAGGACAUGCCGCAAAGAGUAUCGGGUCGCUGCACCCUGGACAACGGAUGGAUAUUCUGCUGGAGCCUACGAACCGCGCAGAAGACCCUAACGAAUCGCUUUCGAUCACUCUGGACGAUACUUUCUUCAAAUAUCAAAAUGAUGCGCUCACCAUGAAGCACCAAUUCCUGCUAUCUUGGACCGGCGAUAACGUUGAAAGUUCAGGGAAAGGCACGGACGCCCUGCAGAUACUCGAUAUCCAGGAAGUAAAAUCUCUGCAUACACAAUCUGACGCGGUUGCAAGCUCCGUCGACCGGACCAUUGUACUUUACGCCGUCACUCAAAGGCUCGCCCACCUGGACAAUGAGCCCCAUGGCUUCAUCAACAACACGAUGUGGCCCUCAUCUCCAUCAAACUCUGCGCUCAUCUCCCAGCCGCCGACAUCAUGGUCGGCAAACCAUUUCAUCCCCCAUAUACCAUACGACGCGUCUUCUCCAUUAUGGAUCGACAUUGUCCUCAACAACCGAGACGAAGAAGGCCAUCCAUUUCAUCUUCAUGGCUACAGCUUCUGGGUUUUGUCUACGUACAGCUCGGACUACAAUUGGGGAUCGUACAAUCCUUUCGAAGACGACCCUCCUGGAGGAGAAUACGACUUGAUGAACGCCGUGGUGCGAGACACCGUGUACGUACCGCGAAGAGGCUAUGCAGUCCUGCGAUUACGAGCGGACAAUCCUGGUCUUUGGAUGUUUCAUUGUCAUGUUUUGUGGCAUAUGGGGAGCGGGAUGGCCAUGGCUCUUAAUGUUAGUUGAGUUGUGUAACACCAUGAUAAAUCAUAUUGAUGU